AUGCGUGUUGAAAAUUGUUUCUUCUGCGGGCGGCCCGCAUGGCCCAGCAAGGGAAUCACCUUUAUGAGAAAUGAUGGGAAAUCAUUUCGCUUCUGUCGGUCCAAGUGCCACAAGAACUUCAAGAUGAAGCGCAACCCACGCAAACUCAAGUGGACCAAGGCGUACCGCAAGAACGCAGGCAAGGAGAUGGUGGUCGACAGCACGCUCCAGUUUGCGGCGCGGCGCAACGUGCCGGUGCGCUACGACCGCGAGCUCUUCGCCAAGACACUCAAGGUGAUGGAACGUAUCUCCGAGAUCCGUUCACGUCGCGAGCGCAUCUUCUACAAGAAGCGCAUGGCCGGAAAGCGCGCUCGCGAGGUCGCCGCCGCCCGCAAGCUUGUCGCCGACAACGAACACUUGCUGCCCCGCCUGCGCGGCAGCGAGAAGCGCCGUCUUGCCGAACUGGCUGCCGAACAAGGGGUCGACGUGGAGGAACUCGAGCGCGAGGAGUUGGCCUCGUCGCUGCGCGGCAGCAAGAAGACCAAGGCAUUUGGUGGGGAGGUGCGCCGCCUGCGGGUGCGGACGGACGGCGGGGUGGAGGAGAUUACCGAGGCCAUGGCCGGGCAUAUGCAUGGGGGUAUGGGCGACGAGGACGAGGGAGAUGAAGACGAUGACGACGACGACGACGAUAUGGACACCGACUGA